AGAAGAAACUAUACAAAAUCGAAACCCUACUUGGAUAAGCUUGGAUAAGCUAGGCGCCUUAGCUCCAGCACCGCAACUCCAUCGCCGCUUCUCCUCCAUGGUUCUCCAUCGCCCUGUUCCGAAGAAGAUAGAGCUAGACGCAGCAGCUCCACCACCACCGUUGUUCCGACGAAGACCGAUCUACACGCCGCAGCUUCCCCACCACCGUUGUUCCAUGGUGUUACCCCACCCCACGGCCACCCUACUCUUUCUUACAUCCUUAGGCGCUCUAUCACAUACAACCGUUCCCCAACAUCGUGAGUCAAUCAUCCUCCACCACAUCUAGGUAAAAAUGUAUGUCCUCUAUAUAUGUGUCUAUAUGUAUACAAAUCUAUUUUUAAAAAAUUACACUUACGGUUCAAUUUUGUUCUUGGGUUUGUCAAUUUUCUUUAAAUUUCAGUUGGGGUGAAAAUUUUCAAUAAUAAUUUUAUACAAGUUCAUUUGUCUAUAAUAUGUUUGUGAGAAUGCCUUAGAUUUUCAAAUGAAUGUAGCUUCAAUUUCACAAACUUUUACAACUAAGCAGCACAACAAGGAAAAAAGUUCAUUAGCGGAUGUUUUUUUGGAUCAUACUAUGGAGGCAAGGUUGUUGGGGUGAACUGAUGAGUUUUCGUUUAUUUCUACUUUAAAUCAAAUAUUGCUUUCUUAUUAUAUCUGCCAUUUGUUUUCUUGUUAAAAAAAGUAUAUGCUAUCUCAAAUAAAAAUUAUGGAAAAUUAGAGGAGACAAAUUCUAAAGAGAGCUAGAAUAGAGUGUUAUAGUUAAAAAAAAAGGGAUAAGAAAGCCUUUAAAAAGGAGCAAUCGGUUAUACUAGUAUAUAGCAAUAUAUGUUAAACGUAUAGAUAGAGGUACUUAAAUUAAAUUUGUUUAAUAUUUUUAGAUAUUUUUGUGUUGUUAUGCCUUAAGACUAGUGUUUUUUUCUUUAAAGGAUAAGAUAUCUCUAUUCAGUUAUACCAACUAGAUUAGUUAAAGCUACAUGAGGAGGUAUAACAAUUAGAAAAGUUAAACCAAACAACAAUUGUGAUUUUUUUUUGUAUAUAAUAGUAAGAAUUAGGAACAAAAUAGAAAUGUAUAAUUUCAAAUAAAAGGGAUAGGUGGAUUUUAAUACCAUUUGGAUAUAUAUUUUCAUCAUUCACUGUUCUAUAGAUAUGCAUUUAUGUAAAACACUAAAAAAUUGAUGGCUCUAUCUCAGUUAGAUUUGACAACUAUAGUUCAGUCUAAAGCUAUAUUUGACAGCUCUAUCUCAAUCUACUGUUUUCUGCUAAGCUUUUAUAUAUGUAAACUUAAGUAUUUUUAAAUUGGAUUAUGAUUUAUCUUUAUGUAUUGAAGCUCACUUUUGAUGUCCCUAAUACUCAUCUAUUGAGAAGAAAAUGGAUAUCAUAUGCCGGUAAUCGGUGGACAGGAUUCAAGACGUUCUUGACAUCAUAUUACAUAUUUGGCAAUUGAUCUGGAGAAAACCCCACAGAAAAGUGUCAAUGGAUAGGUGUUGAGACUUGGCAACAGUUUGUCCAUAGUAGAAAAGACCCAAUUUUUCUGGAGCACAAGAAAAAGGAACAAGAAAUCCAAGCUCAUAAUGACUCUCCUCACAUAUUGUCCCGGGGUGGAUAUGAGUUAGAGAAAACACUCGCGGUUGAAAAAACAAAAGAGUGUGAAGAAGCUUCUCAGGCAAAUCCUUCAUUGGGGUUGAGAGAUCCUUCUCCCAUACCCCGUUAUAUGAAAUGGAAGUGAGGUCGAAUCAGAUGAACAUGCAAGUAUACAUCAAAGAGGUCUCGCCCAAUUGGAGAGAAAAUUGAUUCUCUAGUUGAGGAGGAAAAGCAAGGGACAUCUGGUCCCAUCGGUUGUAAUGAUAUCCUAACGGCAGCUACCGAAUGUCCUGAGCACCCAGGUCAAGAGCGAGAUGCAACAGGAGGUAACACCACAACAAGUAACAAAACAAGUAACAUCAGCUUCUAGUUUUUUUUUUGAAGGGAUAAAAUUAAUGCUACUAUGUCUUGUGCAAAAAAAAUACAUUUCAGCUUCUAAUUUUUAUUUUCCACGACAAAGAUGUUCCACCAAAUUUUCUUUAAAAAUACAAAACUCAUGCAUAAUGUCUACAGAGGUUGGAGGCAAGAAGAGAAAUUCUGUAGAGACCCAUAACUUACAGGGAAAGGUUUUUCACAUUUUUUAUGAUAGAGUGAUUUUUAUUUUGUCCUCUUGCUCCUGUGGCUCUUCCAGCCCAGGCUUUGUUUUCUUAACCGCCUUAUAAGCUAUAAGUUGAGGCUGUUUACUUCCGAAUAUACACACACACACACAUAUCUGUGUGUGUGUACUUGGUGCCUUAUUUAUUUGCAGUCUCAAAUGCAAAAGGGAAGUUUUGGAUGUGGACAUUAUAUUAUGAGACACAUGGCUACUAUUAUGUCUGCCAGUGUUGUGGAUUCAUGGAUGCAGGUAAUUAAUUAUUACUCAUGUUUCAUUAUAUUUUUGUCUUAAUUUCGUUUACUUAAUUUUUACUUAUUGGUUUAUUGUUUUAUUUAUCUUGUAGACAUUCAACGUUCAAGAUCCAUUUAGUGAACAAGACAUCAACGAGAUUUGAGAGCGUUGGGCAUUGUUUUUCUACGAAGCAACUAGCAUUUAGUAUUUAUUAUUUAGUAGAAAAUAUUGUUAGCAAAUUAGAAAGUAGUGCAUUUUUUUUGCCAACUAUUUUGAAUUUUUAUGUUGUAAAAUGAUACUAUUGUUAAAAUUUUGCUAUUAUGAUUAAUGCUAUAUAUGUUUUUUUGUAGAU